GUAAGCAGUCAGGGUAGCAAACUUGCCAUAGGAGGCGGUAUUUACGGUAAUGGGAGCUGACUGCGCGGCGUCAUUUACGGUAAUGGGGCCGGGCUGUCCAAGGCCGGGCGGCUGGGUCGGCUUUGCCAGCUCGAGGCGCUCUCAGGUGAGAGCACCCGCCCAGGACGUGCAGGCAGUGCACAAUGUCCCCUCCGGGCAGUGAGGGACCGUGGCCCUCGGGCCGGACCCACCGCAGCCACGCCCCGCAGCUGGCAUCCCAGGGUCCGAGUACAGCACAGCUUCGCGCAUCGGCGGGAGCCGCGGUCUGACCGGGGAACCUCCCCGCUCCCCGCGUCCGGAUGGGCCUGUGCUACAGCCUGCGACCGCUGCUCUUCGGGAGCUCGGGGGACACCCCUUGCGCCACCUCGGACCCCCACGAGGAGGACGCGCAGCUCAGCACCUCUCCAGCCCCGGUCCCGGUCCGGGUCCCGGGCCUGGUCCCUGUCCCCGUCCCGACUAGGACCCUGCUCUGGAAAGGCGAUGGCCGGAACUCUGCGGGCUCGCGGCCGGCAGUGGAGCUGCAGAGCCGGCGGCGACAGGAGCAGCUGCGCGCCGUGGAGGAGCGGGAAGCAGCUAAGGAAGCGAGGAAAGUGAGCCGCGGCAUCGACCGCAUGCUGCGCGAGCAGAAGCGCGACCUGCAGCAGACGCACCGGCUCCUGCUGCUGGGGGCUGGUGAGUCCGGGAAAAGUACCAUCGUCAAACAGAUGAGGAUCCUGCAUGUCAACGGCUUCAACCCCGAGGAAAAGAAGCAGAAAAUUCUGGACAUCAGGAAAAAUGUCAAAGAUGCUAUUGUGACAAUCGUUUCAGCAAUGAGUACUAUAAUACCUCCAGUCCCACUGGCCAAUCCUGAAAACCAGUUUCGGUCCGAUUACAUCAAGAGCAUAGCCCCUAUCACUGACUUCGAAUAUUCCCAGGAGUUCUUUGAUCACGUGAAGAAGCUGUGGGACGAUGAGGGGGUGAAGGCCUGCUUUGAGAGGUCCAACGAGUACCAGCUGAUCGACUGUGCACAAUAUUUCCUGGAGAGGAUUGACAGCGUCAGUCUGGUUGACUACACACCCACAGACCAGGAUCUCCUCAGAUGCAGAGUGCUGACCUCCGGGAUUUUUGAGACACGAUUCCAAGUGGACAAAGUGAACUUCCACAUGUUUGAUGUUGGUGGCCAGAGGGACGAGAGAAGAAAAUGGAUCCAGUGCUUUAACGAUGUCACUGCCAUCAUUUAUGUGGCAGCCUGCAGCAGCUACAACAUGGUGAUCCGGGAGGACAACAACACCAACAGACUGAGGGAGUCCCUGGACCUGUUUGAGAGCAUCUGGAAUAACAGGUGGUUACGGACCAUUUCUAUCAUCUUGUUCUUGAACAAACAAGAUAUGCUGGCAGAGAAGGUUUUGGCAGGGAAAUCAAAAAUUGAAGACUACUUCCCAGAGUAUGCCAAUUACACUGUCCCCGAAGACGCAACACCAGAUGCAGGAGAGGAUCCCAAAGUUACGAGAGCCAAGUUCUUUAUCCGAGAUCUGUUUUUGAGGAUCAGCACAGCCACGGGCGAUGGCAAACAUUACUGCUACCCCCACUUCACCUGUGCCGUGGACACAGAGAACAUCCGCAGAGUGUUCAACGACUGUCGUGACAUCAUCCAGAGGAUGCACCUCAAGCAGUACGAACUCUUGUGAGGGCCGCCUCUCCUCUCGGCUACCCCACAAGGCCGUGUAUCUCCCUAGCCUGCGUGUCUGUCCCCCCAAGCCAUGGUAGAGCGUAGUGAAUGUUUAGUGUCACCGGGCUGCCAUCUGUCCUGUCCUAGGUAUGCCUUUGUGUGACCACCAAGCCUCUGGCUACCUCUGUCCCCCAGGUUUGGUUUCUGUAGCUUUUGUUUUUCACUGGACUAAACAUCCCCUCACCACCAACCUGUAUCACUGCAAAACCACCAAACUGUGGUCAAGUGUCUCUGAGUGGGAACCUGUUUAAUUUUCCAUUGAACAGGCCAUGGGCUGACUUGUCAAAGACAAGCUGGUAAAUAGGGGAAAUACAUUGUGUCAAGUUAACGUGGUAAUGGGGGAAAUGCAUUGUUUCAAGUUAUCGAGCAUGAUCACAAAACUGUUCCAACAGUGCCAUGCACUGAGGCUCUUUCUGGUUUUCCCUUUAUGAAACAUCAGGCUAGCAGGUAGCUGCCCCUUCUGAUAUGCAUUGGCCCAAGGCUUAGAGUAGACCCAAGCCAGCAACAGAGCAAGAGGAACUCUUUUCAGCCACAAUUGCAGUGGCUGCAAGCCUCAGGCAUUUGAAGUAGAGUGCUUUUUAGAGCCUUUUCCAUUUAGGCAGAAAACCUGUCACAUUCACUACUGUAAAUUGUGUCCUGUCUAUACACAAGGUGUCCCUACACCUUUGUGAUAGCUGGGCAUGACCUUUCCUAGCUUCUUUUUGUUGCUUUACUAGACUGUACAGACCACAAAAUGUAGUGCUCUUUUGUAUGACUACUGACGAAACCUCCUUGUAGAGUUCUGUGCCUUGGUGAUGGCCACCCCUGAAAAGGGAUAUGUCCCAGUUGUUCCAGGCAGCUUACAGUCCACACGGCCUGCUGCGUACUUCACAGAGGGGAAUCAGUGGGAUCUGUUCAUCUUAGGAUAUUUCUGAUCAGGUUGGUAUUUAUGCAAGACCGUUGACUUCCCGAAUCAUCCACUUCACCAGCAGUGCCAACCCAACACUGGAACUGUCACAGUCACCUGCUUUUACUGCUCUGAACCUCAGCUGCUGCAAACACUGGGACAACCAAGGCAUAAAUUACAAUCUACUCUUUUUCUUUAGUACCAAGGGUUUUAUUUCCCCCACUCCAAAAUCAAAUGUUUCUGAUGACUCCUUCAGGUUCCCUAGGCCAUCCCUUAGUUAAGUUCUACACACACUCCCUACACACCUGAGGAAAACAAGGUAGUGUCAAUGUUGUGAAGGAGUGAGGACAAUAAGGACUAAAUUUUUGGAAAAUAGAAUCCUGCAAAGCUACUUCUUAUCUAUCUCAUUUAUUAUCUAUCUGCAUUGCUAGGGACAAGCCCAGCACAUGGUGCAUGCUAAGCGAGCACUCCACCGUUAAUCCUUAUCCAGUCAUAAUUCCAGCCUCACAAAAAAUAUAGGGCUGUCCUCACAUGUGCAAGAUCUGUAGAACACCUAGAAAAUAACUCUUGCUGCACCGGUGCACUGCUCAUUCUGUCUACAGCCAAGGCUUUGGGGAUAGUUCUCUUAGGUUUGGAGUUUUCCGUAAAGAUGUCCAAAGUUAAAUUUUCAUCAGUACGAACACAGAGGAGUGACAGCCUGCAUUAUUUACCCAUCUACUUCUUGUUCUGAGUUUAUCCCAUAGAAGUCAGCACUGUGUAAUGCUUUGUAAAUUCAUCCUGGCCGGGAUGCUCUUCCGUGGAAGGAUGGCAGCCUCCGCCAAUACAGCACAUCCCUUGGCUCCUCAUCACUGUCUCCUUGUACCAUUCUCCAUCACACAAAACUUCCAUGUGAGCCCACACAUGAAAUGAAAGUGACUUUCAGUUCCCCCGCCCUUUCAAAGAAGAAAAACUUACACACACACAGUGACGCUUUAUACUACUAUCUGCAUUAUUACUCAACAGGCCCCUGUUACUAAAGGACUGUUUGAAGCUUUUGCAGGGGCUGAAUGUAUAGCUCUAAUGGGGGCACAUGCUUAGCAUGCACAAGCCCUGAGUUCAAUAAGAAUAAAGGAAAUACAAAUAAAUAAAAUCGGAUCAUUAAAAAAGAUCCAAACUCCUUUAGGGAAAAAAAGAAUAUACUUUAUCUAACAAAAUUAUCAUACCACUAUUGAACUCAAACAUCCAUGUCUUUUUUUUCUUUCAAGUUUCAAUCAACAGGCAUUGAAUUCAGAUGUGACAUGGUCUCCUAGAGAGAAAAUUACACUUAACUAAAAAUCUGAUUCCAUUAGCACAGAAACACAAGCCUAUGACAAUGUUCCUGCACAUUGGCUCUGUGCUUUUGAGCAUAUGACUUGAUGAUCUAUAAGAAAUUGACAGCCACUUCAGAGAGGGGCAGAGAAAAUCCAACUUUGAGGUACACACAUAGCCUCAAGUGUGCACCAAAGCUGCUGGGUCCUCCCUGGGGAAGCAAGGGCUGUGUGUUGUGCAUGCGAGUGACAGUGUCGGUUACAUUUAUAUACUUGUACAGACGCAACCUUUGAUUAUACAUAUAUUUGAUAAAACAAAAAGACACAUUCCAUUUUUUUAUAGCAUGAGAACAGUACAGUCAACUGUUUAUUCUGCAGUCCCUGGCAUUGAUGCUUCAGAAUUCCCAUGAUGUGCAUUAGGACAAUCAACACUGGCUCUCCUCUGGGGCUCAUGUGAGCCCCACCGGAAGUCCUACGUCUCUGGCUUUGAUUUACAUUACCAUACGCAGCAGUCACAAGCUCUUCAUCUUCUUGUGUGCAUUCUGCACAGUUUCCAACCAAGCAGAAAGGAUGAGGGCAGACGCUCCAAGUGAGCUAAGACAAGGACCACGAGGCAGCCAGCUGCUGCACCGUAUGCGGCCAGCACCCUGUCCUCGUUUGGGAGGUAGCACUUGGAGAGAGCAUAAUCCUUGGACGUCAGACUGCCCUGGGGAAGAAAGAGAAAGUUUAUGCUUCAGGGCGAGUCCCAGGCACAGCAAUCUGACUUAGGGGCUAUCUUCUAGGUUCCCUGAGGGGGUCCGGGAGGGAAGAGCCCUUAUCACCCAGGACCAAGGGGCUUCAAGCAUAGCAAGUCACCACUGGCCGGAGGUGCUGGCAGAAGAAAGACGCCAAAGCUCUGUUGGCUCAGGGAGAAGCUCUGGCAUGCUGACCCCUCCAUUAAAACAUAUCCCUCAUAUAGUAGGGCAGCCCUGGAGGGAGGCCAGGAGGCACCCUGCCAUUUGAUAGCAGAGCAGUCCCUCUGUCACCCCGAAGUGCCCCUGCAUCUCCACAGGCUUUCCAUUUGUAAGCAGCUUUCGAUGUGGAAAUCAAGGUAGCAAAUGUUUUCACUUACUUGAACUUGAAAACACACAGAGUCCCCACCUUUUUACAGAUAGAACUAUAGAACAGCAGCAUGAGACUGGGUGCAAGAACCCAUGGUUACAAACAAGGGGUUUCACUGAGUCAACACCUUUCGCCAACUUGGACAUUUUGUAGGACCAUGUGCCUGGCACACUUAGAAAAUGAGAGAUGACCAAGUCUGCUAAUGCACAGACAACAGUUUCCUUGGAAACAAACUGGUACUUGCGGGACUCCACUCUGCUCUCGAGAUAAAAUUCCAGCAGCUGCUCCUCAGAGUCCUAGCCCUGAAGCCAUGCUCUGCCUGUUUGUCCCCAGACAGACGGGCAGUACGUCCAACUCAAGAGUGCAAAGAGGGCAUUUGAUUUCUGACUUUUGUGUGUUUUUACAGAUUGCAGCCAUUAAAUAGUUGAUUACUGUGUUGAUUUCAAUACUCCAGAAAGCUUUCGGAUAAAAAAAAAAUAAAGGUUUACGUUACCAUGA